UACCAUGGUGUUGGUGUGCGCAACUUCUGUGUGUUGUGUUCGCCGGCUCACGUGGGUGCCAAGAAACACCUAUUGAGAUUUCACGGACUUCCUGAAAAUAGUUCCAUGUUGUGUGUGCAUUCUACCCUAAUAACAAAUAUCAGGUUGUAAAUAUUGGCGGUUUGAAAAUACAUGUGUCCACAAAUUUCUCCCGUUUUUAAGUUUUGGUUGUCAGUGAAGAUAUGGGGAUUUUGAUGAGUAACCAUAACUCGUUCCGCCUUUCCCAUAUCCCUCCGCUAUUUUUUUGUCCGCUUUCAGACUGUUUUGGUCUUUUUGCUGUUAGCAACGGGAACAACCUGAGAUAGCAACAAAGCCUAUUUUGAGAUCAUUUAACUUAACGUUUGAAAGUCGUAAAUACAUUGACACGCCGUCUAGCGCUCAUGUUUCUCUAGAAGGAGUGAUUGGCUCGCGUUGUCUUUUUAAGAAUCUUUAAUAUUUUUUGUUUUAAUACCAAUUGUACAAGUUGCUAAGUGCGCUAGUAGUCCGCUAGCUUGUUAGCACAGCCUUCUCCCUUUAGGAGGCACAUUGACUUUAGCCUGUCAGCUAACCUGCGUUAACAUUAGCGAGCUGUCACACAGGCACACGCCGUCCGGUCGACAAGAAAUUGCGGCGUGAAGCUAGUCGUUUUAAGACACCGUCUUUUAUGGGAUCACUAUGUCAAUGAAGGCCGGUGGAAAUCGAAGCAAACCCGGCGGUGGCAGCGCCGCUGGUACCCCUGCCUCUGGAUCUGGGGGAAACAGCGGGGGAAGACCGAAUCUGGGCAGGGGAAGACACAGUGGUAAAGGUCCUGCAGCAGUCAUUUUCAAUGGGAUCUAUGCAAAUAUGAGGAUGGUCCAUGUCUUGACUUCUGUAGUGGGGACCAACUGUGAGCUGAAAGUAAAAAAUGGAGCAGUCUACGAAGGAGUCUUUAAAACGUAUGGUCCUGAGUGUGACCUGGUGUUGGAUGCAGCCCACAGAAAGAGCCCAGAGCUCACCAUAGGCCCCAGGAAAGAGGACAUUGUGGAGAGCAUCAUUUUCAAGGCCUCAGAUGUUGUGGUCGUGACCUUCAAAGAUGUGGACCUGAGUUUCGCCAAGAAAGUCACCUCUGAUGCAGAUAACUUCACAGAUGCAGCAGUGGGUGGAAGGAUCAAUGGUGAGCACAAAGAGAAAGAUCUGGAGCCAUGGGACGGAGGAGAGACCCACAUCUCCGACAGCCUAGAGUCUCUGGACACUGAUGUGUCAAAUGGGUGGGACCCCAAUGACAUGUUCAAGUACAAUGAGGAGAAGUACGGAGUAUUGUCUACAUACGACAGCAGCCUGUCCACAUAUACGGUCCCCCUGGAGCGAGACAACUCUGAGGAGUUCCUCAAGAGGGAGGCGCGUGCUGCCCAACUGGCAGAGGAGAUUGAGGCCAGUGCUUCGUACAAGGCACGUGCAGCCCUGGAGAAUGACGAGCGGUCAGAGGAGGAGAAAUAUACUGCUGUGGCUCGAGGGGAAAGGGAAACUCACACACUGAGUAGCAGAGAAUACUUUUCCCCAGGUCAGAGAAACAGGGAGGGAAUGUCAUGGGGGCCUGGACGACAGAAUUCUCCUCGUCUUUCUCAGAGCUCGAUCGGACCUUCGACUCCUCGACCCGGUCCUCAUGACUACAGCUCCAACUCUGGGGCUGACCAGAGGGUUGUCAAUGGAGGUUCAUCUCAUUGGCCCUCACCCUGUCCAUCUCCCUCCUCCCGACCCCCCUCUCGUUACCAGUCUGGCCCCUCCUCUUUGCCUCCUCGGGCGACCACGCCCACCAGACCACCCUCCAGACCCCCCUCUCGACCUUCCAGGCCUCCUUCUCAUUCAUCCUACCCCUCCUAUUCCUCCUCCUCCUCUUCCUUUUCCCACCAUGGGCCGAGCUCUGCAGCCUCCACUCUGCCCAAACGCAUGUCUUCAGAAGGUCCGCCCAGGUUGUCUCCAAAAUCCCAGCGAACACCACGGACUCACAGGGGCCCGCCUUGCAGGACCAGUGGUAUACCACCAGGAGUAGACUUAAUUACCCAUAAUGCUACAGGAGAGAUCCCAGUGACUCCACCGACUAGGAACAGCUCUUCCGGAGGGACGUGGUCCUCAGUAGUUAGUGGAGCUCACAGACCUCGGUCUCCUCGACAGAACAGUAUGGGCGCAGCCUCCCCUGGCUCCUCCUCCGUGUCGUCCCCACAAAUAACAACCGCUCCUGUGGAAACUCUUGCCGCACCAACGUCAGCUUCUCCUAUUGCUGCUAGCAUCGCUCCCAACAUGGUUGCGUCUUCAUCAGGAGAUGCAAAAGAAUGUCGUAUUCAGGAGAACAGACAAACAUCCCCCACUGCAAACAAAGAGAACAUCAAGCCCUUGGACAGCUCACCUAAUAUCAGCAGACCAGUCUGUAAAGGACCCCCUUCUAUGGCACCAGACCACAGAAAACAAAUAGAUAAUUUAAAGAAAUUCAGUGUAGAUUUUAGGUUGCAGUCUAGUUCAAAUCCAGACCCCACCUUUGACCAGAUGAUGACCAAGCCUCCCAGAGAUCCAACAGACAAACCUAAAGAUCUUCCCACGGACAAAACAUCCACAGUGGGACGAGAUGGCACCGAGGAAGGGGGCGCAGUGAUCGCUGCUGGCGGCCUCAGCACCGCCACCACUUCAUCCAAUGCUACAAACACCAGUAAACCUGGCAGCCCUGCUGCGCUCUCCCUGUCUCCAUCAACCCUGGACACCAAGAGGACAGGGAUGGAUGUGACUUCACAGGGGGUUCAGACGACGGGCACGUCCACAUUCAGUGGACCCAAGCAUGAAGAGAAAGAGGACAAAAAGGAGGCAGUACAAGAUCAAGUAAGAAAAUCAACCCUGAAUCCAAACGCCAAUGAGUUCAAACCCCGGUUUAACACACAGCCCAAGCCAGCCAACACCCCGACCCCUCCUCGGCCUCAGGGUCAGCCCAGCCCCUCCAUUGUUGUACAGCAGCCCCCUACAGUCUAUGGUCAGCCAGUCUGCUUCCCCCAAAUGUACCCGCUCACUCCAGUCAGCCCAGGAGUGCAGAAAAGCAUAAUAUGGAAGUCUCCAGCCAUGUACCAGGUCCAAAUGCCCCACAUGGCGGUCAGCCAGUCUAAACCUUACAGACCAGGUAAAGUACCCAACAUGCCCCAGCAGAGGUCAGACCAGCAUCACCCCCAAGGAACCCCCACCAUGAUGCACCCAGCCACCGCAGCUGGACCACCUAUUGUAGCACCAAACCCCGCCUAUACUGCCCAGUACUUCACCUGCAGCCCACAGCAGUUCACCAGUCAGCCACUGGUCCAGCAGAUGACCCACUUCCAGUCACAGGCGCAGCAUGUGUUCAGUCCAGUGAUGCAGGGAGCUGCCAGAAUGAUGGCUUCCACACAUGGACAACCCAGCCUCGUCUCUUCUUCAACCACACAGUACCCAGAGCAGACACACACCAUGUAUGUGUCUCCAGGGCCGAUGCCUCAGCAGUACGCCCACGCUAGCGCUGCCUUGCACCCUCACCCACAGCACCCACAGCACCCACAGCACCCACAGCCCUCUGCCACACCUACAGGCCAAGCUCAGCAGGGUGGUCCCCCACAACACGGGGGUCCUCCCAGUCAUCCAGCUGCUAGUCCAGUCCAGCAUCCACAGCACCCACAGGCAGCAGCAGGUCAGUGUCCAGACCAUCUUCAGACCAUGUACCGGACUCUAGCAGCAGCAGCAGCAGCCCAGGCUCUCCACUUGGCCAAUCAGUCUCCACAGCAGAUGUACUCAGCUCUGGCCCACACACCCCCCUCCAUGACCCCAGGGCCCAACCCUCAGUCUCCACAGGCAUCUUUCCCCCCUGGCCAGCAGACUGUUUACAUCCAUCAGCAGCAGGUGCCGCACGGCUAUAACCCUGGCCACAUGGCUCACGUGCAGCAGGCCCAUAUGCAGUCCAGCAUUGUUCCAUCCCACCACCCAGCACCCACCCACCCUCCCAUGAUGCUGAUGACCACUCAGGGUCCUCCUGGGGGUCCACAGCAGCCCAUGCCUCAGACGGCCCUCAACCCCAUCCCUGUUUCUUCUACCACACAUUUCUCCUACCUGGCACAUGCACAAGUGCAGCCUCAUCAUCAGCAACAGCUGUAGAUAGAGGUCGCCUGUGAGCUGAGGGACCCCGGCUCUCCAUAAUGCUUCUCAACCGAAGAGGUUUCAUCUGCAGGCGAUGAAGAGAAUGAAAGUCCUUCCUCUCUCCUCUGUGCUCAUCCUCACCAAGACAUGCUUCACAUCAGCUUCUCUCUCCGCUUCUUUCUUUUUUCUCUCUCUUUCCUUCCUCCCUCCCUCCCAGACUAGGCAAUAAGAGAAUGUUAACAGGUUGAUGCAGUGACAUGUUUUAACAAACUAGAGUUUUUAACGGACGAGGCUUCUCAUAUUUAACUCCUUUUAACACACACAAACACACACACGAUCACACACAUAUGAACACACACACACGAACAUACAAUUCCAGGGGUACAAACUACAAACUUGAGUGAGCUUUGCCAAGUAUGUAAAUGAGAUCGAGGGUAACCAAUCAGUAAGAACGGAGAAGAAAAAUCAACAAGAACUUGUAUUUGUCUGCACCUUGUUCUGGAGAAAAGAGGAAAAAAACUCAAAUCUUCCAACAUGACAACAGUAUUAAUCCUACUGUUUACUGCUGCUGCUUUGUGCUGCGUUUGUUUCCAGAGUCCACCACAGGUUUCUAACCAAACUAAAACGAAUGACAUGGAAAAGGCGUUGGCAGCCAUGAGACGGGGAGAAACCUUAUUUAUGAAACUCUAACGGCUGAGGUGAUCAGAUCCCAUUUUAUCACCUGACCCUUAUGUAACUUUUAAGUUAAAACUUUUACUUUGUAGAUAUUAUAAAUAAUUUAAAAAAUGAGCAAAAAAAUUUAAAAACAAUAAAAAAGUUUUAAAAACUGAA